AUGGACUUCUCUCAUAGCACGCCACAGCUGCCACAGAGUCAGUACGGCAGCACGUACGGCUCACAUGAACAAUCUCAAGGAUACCGGCCAGCAGGUUCGACGCAGCCACAGCACUCGGAUCCGCCCUCCAGCGGCGGGCGUCAGUCUAAGCGUGCCAGACUGGAUCCCCGGCUAUAUAACAAUGACAUGAGUAGCGAUGGUCCGCAACCACAAGCGUCGCCAUUCAGCCGUGAUGGGCCAUAUCCAGCAAGAGGGCACCCUGCUGCCGGCCAUGUGUCAUCUCAGCUCUCCAGGAAUUUCGAGCAGGAGGUUCGAGGGCUGUCCCAGUACGAGAGCAAUGCCUCAUCUCAACCACAAAUGGGCAACCUACCGCCUGGUCUGGAAUACUCACCAUCUGGCGAAGUGCUGCCUCAACGCGGUGCACCACCGGGAGCAAUCCUGAAAAUGGCUUGUCAGUACUGCGACAGGAAAAAACGCAAGUGCCCCAGAGACUGGCCAUGUAGCGAGUGCAAGAAGGAUGGCCAGGAGUGCGUACCCAAGGCUCGCAAGUACCAACGCCCGAAAAUGCCCGCGACACCAGGCGGUGAGCAGCAAGCCGAGAAUGGGGAAGAUGCAUCGCCACCAGUCGAAGAUGGUGCCGUGACCGCCAUCAACAGAGAAUCCGAAUCGACCCCAGCGAGAGGUCGCGAGGAGUCUAACAGGAAACAGAACCUCAGAAUGGGACCAGUCAUUGGUGAUCACCAGGAGUGGUCGAACAUGCGCCUCGAAUAUCAUCCUCUGCCGCCCAACAUUGACGAGGUCCGUGAGAAGCUCUACAAGCUGGAACAACCAAUCCUCCUCAACAGCCAGCAGUACGCCGAUUACUGGCCACACAUCACCAAUGUCUACGGCCGCCAGAUUCAACCGGUUGAGCAGGCGAACGGCUCGAUGCUAGAGUACUGGGAAUGCCGGAAUAAUCGCAAGCGGAGACUGAAGGGCCGACCACCGCCAAAGGAGCCUCAGAAGCGGAAGAGGACGAUCAAGACACACCUUCUGGAGACUGAUAAGGCCUGCGGGAUGCGCUUCCGGGUCUUGUACUUUGUCAAGCAUGCAAACACCGACGAGAACCACUCUUCUGGGUUGGACAGCUGUCGGUGUGUGCCAGAGUGGGUGCACUUGCAGAGAACGGGGCGGGUCGAGUCGCUCAACAUACAGCACAACCACUCUCUGGAGUCGAUGGAUCGCUUCAAGAGGUCUGAUGCAAUCGUGUUCUACGCAGCGCUGAAGGUCCAAGAAGGUGGCUACAUGUACGCUGCGGUGAGACGAUGGAUUAUGGAGAAGUUCGGGUCCGCCACCAAGCAGAUCGAGCACCUCUCGAUUUCCGACAUUGCCAACGCUUCGAGGUUCUGGCGGCAACAAAACCCUGAGCUCGAGCUGAUUCCGGACAUCCCUGAUGACGACCCAGCGAUCGGCGCUCGCAAGCGUGCGUUGGAGUCUAUUAACAGGAUCGCACCUGAGAGCCUGCGGAGAGCGCUCGCAGAAGUCUUCAAGCAACUGCCUGCUGCUAUUGAGAUUGCUCAACCCUUCUUGGAGUCAGUCCAAACGGGCAACGCGGCUACUUCAAACGGUGCACCGAUCAUGGAGGGCGACAAGAUUGAGGUGCCGCUGCCUGGUAUGCCUGUCAAGUACAUGCCGCUCAUUGCUCCGCGCUGGAACGUUCUCAUCCCUCCCGAACCAUCACCUCCUCCGUCACGGCGAACAGCUGCUCCUGACGCCAAACGAGACCAGCCAGCUUCGCCGUUCGCACCAGGACGACCGCCAAAUGGUCUUGCGCUAUCGGCUGGGAAGGGCACGGCUACAGCGUCGCAUCGUCAUCACGCCAUGGCACCGCCUAUGAAUGAGCUUCCACCACGACCUUACAAGCCUGCGAGCAAUUCUCACGCACUCAGCAUUGACCCACCUGGAGCACAUGCCAACAGCUCGAUAUCGGGACAGAGGCCGGAGUCUGCGCAGGACUACUCUACCGCUCGACUUGUCAACGACAUCUUCGGCGCUCGAUUGCAUCAUCGUAGUAUACCAACAGCCGGAAGUGGUACUGCAUCUUGGAGACCUGAGUGGGCAACAGCUGCAGAUUCAGUGUCGCGGCCAUCAACCAGCACAGAGUCGAGGCCAGCCUGGGCGGUAUCAGGAGAGAAGGCCUCGCCAACUGCCCCCUCAGAACAGGUAACGAACGAGCAGCAAAAGCACCAGAAGGAUGCGGGGCGGUCUGAUGUAGCUGGAGAGAGCGGAGCGAGGAUGCAGCUCACUAGGGCGGGACCGGCUGGACUCUACACUGAAUGGGUGGCUUAG